GUCACACCGCUCAGUUUUCACUUCUCUGGGAGUUCAUUUACACUAAUAGUUCUCCAAUUAUAAUCACUAUUUCUCUUGCUGAGUCUUCUCAUAGUCAACACUGCAAUGUGACAGGAUAUAGUGUAUAAACGCAGAGAGGACACUGUGCUGUGAUUCCUGAGAAAGCUUCUUCAGCUGAAGCUCCCCAGAUGCAGGCACCAUGAGCAGCCGUCACUACAGUGCCAGUAAGGAUAGGGAUACGGCAACCCUGCUGUCCUGUAAACUGUGCCUCGAAGACAUCCCCCUGGAACAGAUGACCACCAUCUCACAGUGCCAGUGCGUCUUCUGCAUCCUGUGUUUGAAACAGUACGUAGAGCUACUGAUCAAAGAAGGCUUGCAUACAGGAAUCAGCUGUCCAGACUCCGCUUGCCCCAAACAGGGACAAUUACUUGAGAAUGAGAUCGAGUCUUUGGUGGCUGUAGAUGUCAUGCAGAGGUACAAAAGGCUGCAGUUUGAGAAAGAGGUGCUGCUGGACCCCUGCCGGACCUGGUGCCCGUCCUCUUCCUGCCAGGCAGUGUGCCAGCUGCAGGAAGCGGAGUUACCCAUGCCCCAGCUGGUGCAGUGCCCUCUCUGCAGCCUGCGUUUCUGCUCAGCCUGCCACACUGACUGGCACACAGGGCAGGCGUGCCAGGGGUCCCUCCCCAUCAUCACCUCCCUUCCUGUGGAGAACAGUAUCAGUAGCAGAGUUAAGGAGGAUGAGGCUUCUAUCAAGCGCUGUCCGAGGUGUAAAAUAUUUAUUGAGAGAGACGAGGGCUGUGCCCAGAUGCUGUGUAAGAACUGCAAGCAUGCCUUCUGCUGGUACUGCCUGGAGUCUCUGGAUGAUGACUUCUUACUGAUUCACUAUGACAAAGGACCAUGUCGGAAUAAACUUGGUCAUUCCAGAGCCUCUGUUAUCUGGCAUCGCACACAGGUAGUGGGGAUCUUUGCUGGUUUUGGCCUGCUCCUGCUGGUGGCCUCCCCAUUCUUGCUCCUGGCUACACCUUUUGUCCUUUGCUACAAAUGCAGAUGUGGUAAUGAAGAUGAUGACCCAUCACCCUCCUAGUUCUUCUCUCAGCUGUGGUUAUGGGGCUUCUGCAAUGCUCAGGCUGUUCUAUGUCCCGUCCACUUCUGCUCUCCCUGCACACUCUCUCAUCAGGAACAUGAUGACAUGCUCUUAAAGAGGACUCAGGAGACUUCUGCUGUCAACAGGCAGAAUGGGAAUGUGAGGGUGAUUCCCUUUUCCCAUUCAAAAGACUGUGUAUUCUAGGAGAACUAGAGCUCCUGUUGACUUACGUCAUGCUUUAUCACUUAAGGUUAUUUACCUUUUAUUAAAAACUGUAAGAACAGCACAUAAGCCAGCAAGCCAAGUGACCUGAAUCCUUCCUUCUGAAGUCUGAAAAUGUGUUUUCAUUUGGUCCUUAUGUUCUCUUUUCACAUGAGUAGUAUGCACUUCAUUUUCCUGUACUGGCACAGUUUUUCAUGGUGCAUUAUAGUCUCUGUUUGGAGACCAACAUGUAGCUAAGAGCUAUUGGGUUCUGUUCCAUAUCCAGCAUUUUGUCCCUCAGAUGCCAGUAGCUUGUAGGCACGGACAAAACACUGAGAAAUUAUACUUAAGUGAAAGAAUAAUGUGUCAAAAUCUUACUCAUUUAAAGUGGACAUAUCCAGCCAAAAAUGUACUCAAGUGAAAGUAAAUACAUUGCUACUUUUAAAUGUACUCAGGUAAUUAAAAAGUAAAUGUUUUAACUGAUGAAAUUAAGCAAACGUCAUGUUUUUAUAUAAAACGUAACUUUUAUUACUUAUCUAAAACUGUUAGAACAUUAUUUUUGUUUUUAAGCAACUACACCAUUUUAAGCUUGUAGUACUUACCAUUGGCUAGAGUUUGACUUGCUGUCUACCCAAUUAUGUUAGCUACUGAAAUCAGUAGUUAAAUAUAGCCAGUUAAUGUUAGCAAAUUAGCUAAACUUACCUCAACGUGUUUUUUUUCCAAAUUAGAUGGAGUCCAUGCCUUCCAGAGAGUGCUCAUGCCUUCUAUCUUCUACUCCCUGGUAGCUUGUGACCCUCUGUGUUUGGCUGGUCUAUAUCCUGUUAUUGUAUUACCAAUACACAAUCAUAAAUCCACUUUUUUAUCAUUAAUACUUCAGUACUUAUAGCUAAUGUGAUCACACCGACCACAUAUUUUGCCUGUCUCUUUGUCUGAUAAGUAAUCAACAUAUUUUUCCCUUACUAUUUCCUGUUUCAUGAUCUUGUCUUAGACAGAAAACUCCCAAAUCUGAGAAUCAAGUUGAUUUGUAGUAGUAUAUCACCACCAACCAACUGGGCACAUCUGAGUAGAACUUAAAGUACCCACUUCAUAGGGCAAAUGUUUAGCUUCAGCACUGUAUUUGGCAAGAAUACCAGUUUUGUAUGGAUCAAUAGUUUAGUCGGUUUUAUUUCCUUUACCUACUGUCAUAGUGAUCUACAUUUUUACAGUUAAAUAUGCUUUUUCUUUUCCCUGUUUUGCCCUUUCAUUCAGGUGAAACAAUAUUGUUGUAUAAUUUUCUUAGUAUUUCCUACAGUUUUAGGGAUCUGGGCUACAUUUGAAUAUCAGUUUGCUUUGAUUUGUUUAAAUACCUGUUCACAUGUCUAGUUUAGUAGGGAGUCUAACCGGCUGGACUUGUGUUUUAAUCUUGAAGACUAAAAGACAUCAGAGGGGAUUUAUCAAUUCUGAAGAAGCUCAUUGGUUGCGUGAACUUACCUUUACCUGCUCUUGCCAGGCAAACAUCCCAAAUAGAUUUUUAAAAAUAUAUAUUUUACUGUUUGUCUAAAUUAAACCAAAUAACAGAACUUGAUUUGCUCAGAACCCUAAAAUACUCAGUUAAUUUAGUUAGACAGCAGUGUAUAGAUAAAAUCCUAUAAGCUGAACAAAAAAGUGAUUUUUUUCCUAGCUCUGGCAGCUCUUCAGACCUGAAAUAGGAGGUUUGGGAGCUGCGUCGUGGGGAGCAUGUGGCUGAGAUGUGCUACAGCAGCAGCUGGCUGUACCGUGAGGGCCCGUGGCUGCCCGUGCAAACGGCCUCUCAUGGGGCCAGUGGGCAUCUGCCUCGACCCGCACCACUUCACCCUCCAGCAUCAGAAAUUCAUGCGCUGCUCCACCCGCACCAUCUGCGUCUGCACUCACCAGAAGCUCAGCAAACCCCAAUGGUCACUCACAGAAGAGGCCGGGGCCUCUCAGGUCAGGCAACACUGACACUCUGAGCUUAUUCACUCCAGACCAAAAGUGAAUCUCUGGCUCUACAUCUUUCAGUGUUAACCAACUAGGUCAGGGGGAGGAAGUGUAGGAGAUGGGGUUAACCACAGUGAUAGAGGAAAGGUUACUACCCCUGAAGCUAUGUAAAAAAGAACAGAUGAAUGUCAACUUCAAGCGCAGAUGAAUCAGUCUGUUAUGACAGCGUUUGCCAGGUUCUUGCCAAGUUCUUGCCAAGUUACAUAGAACACUAAAGAGAUCAUAUUCUAAAGAGCUCAAAUAACGUGGCCAUCAUAUUCACCUACUGAUGGCCAUGUUUUUUAAGUAACCCAGUCAUCAUUAGAAACACACAUACAGGUUAGCACAAAAAUGUAGCACACCAAAU